CCACUUUACGAGUUAACAAAGACCGCGUGUUUCCGGAAAAACAGCGGGUCAGCUGACAGAGGUGGCACGCGGAAACCGUAAACCGGAGCGCGCCAGAAGAUCUCCAAAGUUUGCCCGCCAAACGCCACAUCGACAUUUAACGCUGACGGUGAUUCGUGGGACCACCUGUGGCACUUUAUUUUGAAAAUCGGUGCUGCAACUCCCCCAUCUCCCUCCCGCCCCUGCCACCGGAGAAAGUAAUGUUUCACGCAGAGUCGCUGGUGUCUUUGAAUGGAACUCAGCUGUCAUUCAUGGGACAUGAUGCAAAGGAGAUCCCACACUUCCUCGGAGACACAUAUGGCCAGAUCGCCAGACGCCUGGAUCUGAGUUUCAAUCAGCUGAGGUCACUGGCAGGCCUUAAAAUGUUCACUGAGCUGGAAGAACUGGUCGUGGAUAACAAUCUGCUGGGAAAUGACCUCCAGUUGCCCAGGUUACCCAACCUUCACACCCUUACACUUAAUAAGAACCAACUGACUGAUAUCGAAGCCCUGCUGGAACACUUGGCUGAUGUGACCCCGUCUCUCAAGUACCUAAGCCUGCUGGGGAAUGAGGCCUGCCCUAACCAGCUGGUUAGCCCGGAUAAGGAUGAGGACGACUACCAGAGAUACAGGUACUUUGUUCUUCACAAACUGCCCCAAUUGAAGUUUUUGGACACCAGGAAAGUAACCAAAACGGAACUGAUGGAGGCACGAGCAAGGGGGGCAUUCAUGAAAGUGGUCAAGCCCAAAUCCGAAGCUGUUCCUAAUGAGGCGGGAUCUGGAAGCUGCUCGUUGCCCUACACCCCUCUACCCCGAGGAUCCAGAGAUGCCAAGAACCACAAAGGUGUGUUUGCCAAGUGCCGCUACAUCUACUAUGGGAAGCACUCAGAGGGCAACAGAUUCAUCCGAAAUGACCAGCUUUGACGGACAUCCUGAGGGGCUUAAACGAUGAUGGAUGAUCAUGGAAGAACCCACGGAUGCACUGCUUCUAUUUAUUGUAACCACAAAUGAGUUGUAAACUUCCUGCUAGGGAAAUGAUUUCACUGCCGUCAGUAGAAGAAUGGCAUUGGUAUGUAUUACAAUGUUCAAGCCUUGGUUCUACAGCGCCCUGUGCUGAGCUGAGUGGGGCUCCCCGCUUGCCACUCACAGUCAGAGAUGACACUCCCACUGACAUGAUUGCCUCUAAGCAUCAGCCGCCACACGACCGCAGACACACAACUCACACAACAAGCAAGGACAGUGUCUCCCUCCUGUCUCUCAUUGUCUCCCAGUCAGUCAGCGACAAACAGACCCAGCCAAUUGCUUCCUUUUCUUUGACAGCCAUGAUGGAUCACUUGUCCACUACCACCUCUAAUCAAGGGUGAAAGGGGUGGUGGUCACACACCUGGGCCCUGACAUGGACUCAUCUACUUUAUUCACCCUUUUCCUUCCUUCUCUUCCACACACACACACACACACACACAUUUAAGUGCUGAUUAAAAGCUGAUGUUUAACCCCUUCAUGCCAUAGGUUGCUAAUCCGCAGCGAACCAUUAAAGUCAGGACUCCAUUUCACCUUAAAUGAAAAAAAAAAAAACAUUAACAAUUUUUUUAUACAACUGGAUAAGACAGCAAUACUCAGAAAAAAGGAUUCAUUGAUUUGUUUUUUUUUAAUAAAUGUUAGCUUUCCAUUAGGUAGUUCUCUUAACUACUAAUGUAUUGAACAACAUACUUGUGGACAAUUGUGGUUGAACCUGAACUGCUUGUUGAACUCCCACUUUUAUCAAAUUCUUUGGCUAAGAAUGUUAUGGUUCUUAGGUCCAAAAGCACGAAUAACCUGUUGUUCUUGAAAACUCUUUAUAAUUGUCAGCUCAUUUUCAUUUUUAUAUCAAAAGUCACUUUGGGCACAAUAAAGAAAAAAACAAAUUUGAACUUCUUUAGUUUAUCUACUACUUAAUUAAAAUAAAACUGAAUGGUGUAAUUCAAUGGUUAAAAUUCCGUAAAAGGAUGAUUAUAUUUAAUAUUACUUAUGACAAGGAUAAACCUGUAUGAAAUUGAAAGGAAUGACGUUUAAAUGUUCCCUUCUCACUUGCAAAGUCUUAUUUUUUUAUGAAUUAUGGCUGUAGAUUGUGCAUUUCAUAAUGUGUUUGGAAAACUGUAACUACUGUGUCUGGAUUGUAACUUUUAGCAGAACAACUUUCUCUAGUGUCACGUAUGUAUAUGUACCACAACAGUCUUGUUCAACUGUUGCACACAGACAAAACAAAAAUGUAGCAAAAAAGCAAAAACAUUCUAUAACCAGCAUUAGUUUAGGCUAGCGCAUAUCCAGAUGUGCUUUCCAGGGACAGUGAUAAUAAAUCAGUUUUGCUGGGACUCUUAUUUUUCAGAGGUUUAGGAGAAAAGUUUGCAGAAAAAAAAAUUCUCACUGCAAAACUGAGGGGGUUAGGAGUUCAUUCAGUGGGAUAACAAUCAAUGAUGAACCUCAAAUACCAAAACUACCUCAAUUAGCUCAUCUAUUUAGCUCUGUCUCCUAAAAUUCCUUUAAAUACAAUAAUUAAAAACUCCUUAAGACCCAUUCCUAAGAAAAUUGUGUUUUAACAUGUUUUGGUGAAAUUGUAAGCCUAAAAUAGCCUUUCUGUGUAUUUCUUUAAUUAAAUCAUUGUUCAUCAGGAGCAGACGAAAGAAUGUAGUUGGAAAAAGCUUGUAGCUGUGAUGGCGUUGCCACAAGCUCCCCUCCCCGCUCCAUUUCCAUGCAUUCUCUGGUAAACAAAUAGAUCCACGUCUUUAUUUUCCUUAUGAGGAGUUGUAAGUUAGGGGGAGAGCGUGUAAACAGAUGGAUGAUGGGAAGUGGGGGUCAGGCUUACUUCCGCCCACCACUCAGUGGUGAAUUUCUAACGAACUACUGUCAAUCUGCAGAAACUAUGUCCUAGAAAACAACACUUUUUUUUUUUUAUUUGGGCUAAAAAACGGCUUCAUUAUAUUUUAAAAAAACCACAGGGAAGGUUUUGAAAAUAGCUUCAAAGAUGAUUGGAGUGAACAAACAAGAGAAGUUUGUCCGUCCAAAGAUAUCCUGAAAAAGCUAAAUGAAGUGAAAUGGUAAAAAGUAAUUGAGUUACCCUUUUCAAAACACCCAUAUGGACAUAUUACUCAUCUUGUUUUGCCUUUCACGCUUUGUAAUGAAAGUUUAAAAUCACAGCCUCUCAAAUUGUUUCUCAUUACCUGCUGGCACAAAAAAAUGUAUUUUGAUUUAUCAUCAUCGCAAUUUUAAAUUGUAUUUUUUUCUUUCUAUUAGAAACUAUUAUGAUUUCCAAGGCAACCCUCCAGUUUAUGAAUUUACAAGAGCAAAUGAUGUUUAACAGCUGAUCUGAGGUAAAAUUGCAUUUGCUGGAUGUGAUUAAAGGCUUGAACUAA